UCGGUAACAUCUUUUUCCAGCGGCGAUACCACCCCGAGUACCUCAGUUGCGCCUGUUUCAUCCACUCCUGUUACUCGCUCAAGAAUUGUUGCAUCUGCUCCAAAUGGUCUUCCUCCUCCCUCCAAAAGCACUCAAAAGCAGCAGCAGCAGCAGCAGCAGCAGCAGCAGCAGACCACAUUGCUCUCGUCGAACAGACCACAUUCUUCAACACAAUUCGCCAACGCCGCAUUGCCACCCAUACCACCACAAAAGUCGUCUCACGUAGACAAGCACAUGUUCACAAUCAACAGCAUCGGCAUUGACCUCGGAGGAUACAAGCGUCAUAAGUCCUUUACGGCAGCUACGUUCCCAGGCCGGAUCGGUGGCUCAUAG